CUGCGGGCUGACACUGUGGGGGAUCCGGGCUGCCGCGUCCUGCCCUCUUCGGACUGUCAGCAGGGAGCGGGCUGGGCUUCUCCGUGGGAUUUCACGUCUGCUGUAUCGCCUGGGAAACUUCCUCAAGCCCGACAUAACUUGGAGCGAAAAGGGGAGGAAAAGCAAAAAAAGAAAGAAAGAAAAGCCAUUUCCUUUAAUGUUACAGCCGCUGGAAAACACAGCUGACAAGUUCCUCUAAAGAUAUAAUUGCAACAUCACUCCUGUAGAGGAAGCGAGACCUGGAACGUAGGACCGCAGGGAAAGCACUUAAUCUCUACUCCUUUUGUGCAGUGCAAGAGAAGGCAAGGCUGUUCGAUGCCAUAGGACUCUCCGAUGCAGUUUAUGUUGCUUUUUAGUCGCCAGGGGAAACUGAGACUCCAGAAGUGGUAUGUCCCACUAUCUGACAAAGAAAAGAAGAAAAUCACAAGGGAACUUGUUCAAACAGUAUUAGCCCGCAAACCGAAAAUGUGCAGCUUCCUGGAAUGGAGAGACCUGAAGAUUGUCUACAAAAGAUAUGCAAGCCUCUAUUUCUGCUGUGCCAUUGAAGAUCAGGACAAUGAACUGAUAACUCUGGAAAUAAUUCAUCGUUAUGUAGAACUUCUUGACAAGUAUUUUGGCAGUGUAUGUGAACUUGAUAUCAUCUUCAAUUUUGAAAAAGCCUAUUUUAUUCUGGAUGAGUUUCUCUUAGGAGGGGAGGUCCAGGAGACUUCCAAGAAAAAUGUUCUCAAAGCCAUUGAACAGGCAGAUCUUCUACAGGAGGAUGCUAAAGAAGCAGAGACCCCACGUAGUGUACUUGAAGAAAUUGGAUUGACAUAAGUCUUCACUUCAGCUGAUGACAUCUCAGUGUUUCAUACUGUAAAUGUUCACUGCCUUCAUUGUAAUGUUUAGCUAAUGGUGUAAGAUGCUGUUUGUCAGUAUUACUGUUUUGCUAAGCUGCUUCAUUCAGGCCUACAAGGGAAAUACUCCUUUGAAAAGGGAACAAGAAAUUAAAGGCCAAAAAUCACAAAUGAAAGGGAAUUGGAUUUAAAUUGACUCAGUGUCUCUUCUCACUGCAUUUAUAGGAAAAAAAGAAUAAUGCAUUUAAUUUCAGUGAGUGUACUGUUUUUAUAAGCAAAUGACUUCAGGAAAUAAAUGUAUCAUAGACAUAGCAUAUCUAAAUGAGAAGAAUACAUGGACACCUUCAAGUAUGAAAUAUUGUAGAAAUUGUGUUUAUGCAACCAAAGACUUUUUGUUCAUCUGCAUUUUUAAGUCCGUAGUUGCGAUAAUUCUGCUUUUAUUCAGUUAACAUGUUACAAUUGGAAAUAACUGUUUACUUCUGAAUUUGCCAUUAUACCAAAGAAUCCUGUUAGGAUCUGCAUAUCCAACUGGUUAAAACUGUUAAGGUGGCAUUGCUUUUUGCAAGACAACUGCAAACUGAUCAUUUACUAGCAGCGAAAGUGUAUUUACAUGUAAUUAUCUUGAUCAAAACUGUGCAAGUUACUAUAUUCAAGAGGGAAUGCAUGUAGUUUAAAAAAAAAGAAAAAGAAAAAAAAAAUCAAAAUAGGGAAACUAUUUUUAAAGCAGUACUGGCUUGCUCUGACCAUACACACAAGAGAAGGAAGUAGCCUUUUUGACUGUAUAGAGAGGUAUGUAAUGAAAAUAGGAUACUUUUGAACAUGGGAGCUUUACAAAAGGGAGUUUUUAUGAUUUUCUUUUGAUCUUUACAAAUUAAUUUGUAUUUAUUCGUGUUUUGUAGUUACGCUUUAAUGGGUGUAUGAGCGCCUUUAAGAAAAAGUGUCAGCUUUAUUUUGACUACUUUUCUUGGCUUACACCUUUCACACGUUGACACAUCCCUUAAAAACUGUGCAGUAGAAGCAACUGAUUUGCAGUGAGAAUUUUGUAUACUACGUUCAUUGCAAAUUGGGUAAAGUGAAAUGGAAAUAAGAGUUUGCCAUUUCUUGCAGCCUCUCAGAAGUUGUACGCUAGAACUGUUUCACUUGAAGAAAUUUCUUUGAUGUAUGCUUUUGAGUUCUGGGAAGGUAGUGGCACGCUUUGGAGUAGCAGAGUGCUACUGUGUGCAUGCAUGGUCCCUGAGAAUGCUCAGCUUGCUUUCUUUCUCUUCCCAUCCCAGGAACUUGACUGUAGAAUUCAAGCAAGUAGCGCCAUAUGUGUUUUCACAAAACUUAGCUUUGGCAUUGUCGCUGGAAGCAGUCAUGUGGUGCUAGCACAAGCAGUUACACAGCCAGCUGUGGCUUAAUCUAAUCUAGACUAAAUGUAACCCACCAGCAAAAGUUUGGCACUGACAUUUGUUUCCUGAUCCAGAUCCCAGUAGAGGUGCUGGUGGCAGCAAAGGGGAUGGUAAGGGCAGAGGUGGGCUGGGUCUGGGACUGCAGCUUCAGUGGCUGUUCCAGAGCGGAGCCUAAGAACUUGCAGCAUGCAAAUGUAUCCAUUUAAGCCAUUUCUGGGAUUAAAAUAUACCAGAUUACUCGAGACCAUGUUGAACUGAAGGCACACAAGAGCAGUUGUUAGCAUUUUAGCCCUGUGCACAAGGGCAGGGAUAGAUGAGGUUCAGGUGGUGUUUGAAGGACCCUUGGUGUGAGACUGAUGUUGUGAAAUUACUUUAAGUCAAACCUGAAGCGAUUUCCUGUGUAUGAAGCAUUUUUGAAGUUUACACUGUCACUUGUAUGUGCUUGGCUGGGUUAAGCUUUGUUGUGAUUGUGACAAAUAAACUGUUUGACCUUUGUCGUACUGUCCCAUUGGUUUAGUUGUAAUAAAUGUCCAUUUUUACACCAUU